AAACCUAACAAAUGACGAACAAAAAGCGAAUCCUUCCACGUGAGCACGAAAACACACAUAAAAGUAGAACAGCAAAAACAAAAUUCAUUCAGUCCACAGAACUUUCCAAAAAAAAAGUUCCAGUGAAUGGGGAGAUGGAGAACUUCUCUCCUCUUUUACCGUGUUAUGGCUUCAUCUAAAUCGAUAAAUCCAAAAUUUUGUCCAAACCCGCCUCUUAGAUCUUCGAAUUUUCCACUGCCCAGAAAUCGAUUCUCGAAUUUCAGGUCAUUUUCUGCGCUUCCAUCUCCAUCCCCGUUUUAUGCUGAAGAUUUCGAUUAUAAGGCCCCAAAUUUUGAUCUGGACCACAAUUCGGAGGAGUUAAAGGAAAAUGAGGACACUGGAAAAAUCUUAGUGAAAGCUUUUUUCCUUUGCACAAGUGUUGAUUUGAAGAGCAUGCAAGCGGAGAAUUCAAAGAAUAUGAUUCCUCCCACCUCGCGUUCAUCAAACUAUAUUGCUCUCAGAUUUUGCAAUCUCCCACUGCAAACUGGAAGCGUAAUUGAAGAGAAUGAUAGUUGCUGUCGUUACAUGGUUGUCUUCCAAUAUGGUUCGGCAGUCCUAUUCAAUGUAGAGGAUCAUGAAGCUGAAUACUACCUACAACAUGUUAGACGACAUGCUUCUGGAUUGCUUCCUGAGAUGAAGAAAGACGAUUAUGCCAUAAAAGAGAAGCCCUUGUUGGUUGACGAUAUGCAGGGAGGUCCAGAUCACAUUAUUCUGAAAAAUCUAGACGUAGAUAGUAUCCGCGUAAUUAGCAGCGUGCUUGGACAAAGUAUAGCGUUGGAUUAUUUUGUCUCACAGGUUGAUGGUAUAGUUGAACAGUUCACAGAUAUUAAUCGUGGUAUGGAAAAAAGUGGUACUUUCACAAUGGAUAGGAAGAAGCUCUUUCAACUUGUUGGAAAGGCAAACUCAAAUCUAGCUGAUGUGAUUCUCAAAGUCGGUCUUUUUGAGAGAUCAGAAAUAGCUUGGAGAGAUGCUAAAUAUGCUCAGAUACUAGACUACCUUCGAGAGGAAUAUGAGGUCGCCCAACGAUUUGGAAACCUUGAUUUUAAGCUAAAAUUUGUUGAGCAUAACAUUCAUUUUCUUCAAGAAGUGCUUCAAAACAGAAAGUCAGAUUUGCUGGAAUGGUGCAUCAUAGUUUUAUUGAGUAUAGAAAAUCUAAUAGGGAUAUUCGAGAUCAUUCGUGAAUCAACAGGAAUUGCAAUAUGAAGAAUGCAAUUAUUUAUUUAUUUAUUUGUGUCUGCCGCUGCAAUAAUACAAUUAUAUAGUGAGAACUUCGAUUCUUGAAUAAUCCACACCACUUCUGCUUUUAUUGUAACACAAGAUUCCCCUUUUCUGUGGAAAAGGCCCGAGGGUAAUGUAAUUAUCCGUGAGGCUAGCAAAUGGAGUCCUGAACUAGCUGCUGCUUGUGAGGCCAGGUCCAAUAGAAGCAAGCCCUACGGCCAAUCCAGCAGCAAUAACAGAAGCGGCAAAAGUCAGUGGAUUCAUGAUAAACCCCUCUGAUAUGAUUUGAGGAUACAAAUUCUUGUUGCGCCCCAAAAAUGGAUUUUGGUUAAUUCCAUAAGCUUGGGCUUCUGUUGCUGAUAUAAAAACAUCUCUUUCCAUGUCUUCAGAUACAACCAUAAGGAUUUGCCCGUUCUUUGUACAUAAACCCUUGUGAGGGUUUCGCGUAGUUUCGAUUAUUUUGUCAUCAUAAUUACUUUAUACAAAUUUCGUUUCCCUGCUGCA